GAGCUGAUAGAAGCAAUUCCCUGUUGAGACAGGCAGCGGAACGUUAGAGCUUAUAGACAAAGGCGCUGGCUGAAAUUAAACUGUUUCAUUAAUACAAAAUAACCUGCAACAUGUUCCAGCAACGGACGGUGCGUUUGGAAUGUGGAAAGGCGACUCAUGUUCUGCAUGUAUUGGGGACUCAGCUGAAUGUGAAGUUGUACAGAUGCGCCCCACCUGGUAGCCAAUACUUCCAAGUCAAGUGCACCAAUGCUGUACAAUACCAGAUUUCACCCAAGGUCCCCAGCACGUCCAAUAACGUGUUACCAUUGGAGAAGUCACUGUCUCUGUCCAUUGCAGUCAUGACUCCUAGCAAGGACGGCAGUGACAACAAGGUUACUGUUUUGUAUUUUGGAGACAACCUGGAAACGGUAGGGAAAGCCAUCCUUCAUCUCACUGCAGUGGAACUCUCCCUGGAUGUUGAUGCAGACCGUGAUGGUGUGGUUGAAAAGAACAACCCACACAAGGGGUCGUGGAAGUGGGGUCCCAAUGGGCAUGGGGCUAUUGUCCUUGUCAACUGUGACAUGGAGUCUCUGGGGAGCACUAAGCGAGACUGUGACGAUGACUCUGUCAGCAGGCUGUCAGAUCUGAAGGACAUGUCCCGCAUGGUGCUGCGGACUAACGGCCCAGGCCACCUGCCCCCGGGGUAUAAACUGCUGCUGCACAUCUCCUUGAGCGAUGCAGACAAGAUUGGCGUCUUUCAGGCAGGCAAGAGUAUGUUUAACAAAAGCUACCCAGUGGUGUUGGGCCGCAAGACCCUGUCUUAUGUGGUGAAGUACGAGGGGGGCACAGCAGAGACAGAGUUCUUUGUGGAGGGACGCAGGUUUCUGGAUGAGAAAUUUGAGGGGCUGGUGACCAUCUAUCUCAGCCUGCUGGAGCCUUCAACCAAGGGGUUCCCUGAGACGCCCAUCUUUACAGAUAAGGUGGUUUUCCACAUGGCUCCCUGGAUUAUGACUCCCAACACCUUGAGACCAGUGCAGGUGUUUGUGUGCAGCACCCCGGAUAACUACAGCUUCUUGAAGGGCAUGACGGACCUGGUAAAACAAAGUGGCUGCAAGCUGAAGGUUUGCCAUGAGUACAUGAAUCGCGGGGACCGCUGGAUGCAGGAUGAGCUGGAGUUUGGUUAUGUUGAAGCUCCUCACCAGCGCUUUCCUGUGGUGCUGGACUCCCCUCGUGACGGUAAACUGAAAGACUUCCCCUACAAAGAGCUGCUGGGUCCGGAUUUUGGCUACGUGACUCGAGUGGCUUUCAAUGAAACUGUGACCAGUCUGGACUCUUUUGGGAACCUGGAGGUGAGUCCCCCAGUCACUGUGAAUGGGAAGGAGUACCCGCUGGGCAGGAUCAUCAUUGGAUGUGCCUUCCCCACCACGGUUAAAGGUAGGAAUAUGACGAAAGUUGUCCAGGAUUUCCUGUGGGCUCAGAAAGUUCAGGCUCCCAUUGCAGUUUUCUCUGAUUGGCUCUUUGUUGGUCAUGUGGAUGAGUUCAUGACCUUCAUUCCUGCCCCUAACAGAAAGGGUUUCCGGCUGCUCCUGGCCAGUCCAGAUGCGGCGUACACGUUUUUCCGUGGGCUGCAGAAGAAGGGUCACGGCAAAGCUAAAAUGUUUGAGGGCUUGAAAGAUGAAGAGGUUACAGUGGACCAGAUUCUGUCAAGAAAACAGUUUCAGCAGGAGAACGCCUUUGUUCAGAGCUGCAUUGACUGGAACCGGGACGUCCUAAAGAAAGAGCUGGGUCUGGAGGAGGAAGACAUUAUCGACCUCCCCAUUCUCUUCAGCCUCAGGCCGGACAAGCGGGCAGUUGCCUACUACCCUGACAUGGUGAACAUGAUCGUGCUGGGGAAGAAUCUGGGGAUCCCCAAGCCGUACGGGCCAAAGAUCAACGGGGUGUGUGCUCUGGAGAAGGAGGUGUGCUCCCUGCUAGGAGGCCUGGGUCUCAACAUCUUCUUCAUCGAUGAUUUUGCCUCCUACCACAAGCUGCUGGGGGAGGUGCACUGCGGCUCCAACGUGCAGCGGGAACCGUUCAGCUACAAGUGGUGGAACAUGGCCCUGUGAGGGCGGCACGAUGGGAGCCACAGCCCUCCUCCAAGGGGACGUUACCAACUCAGACGCCAGCGCAGCUCCAGCAUCCUCUACCUUGUCUUCCCAGUCAUGCCUCCUGCAUGGAAGGAUCGGUCAGCGGUUUUUGAUUUUAUCCAGAUACAUUACCCAGGGUGUAGUGAAGAACAGUCUAGAUAGACUUUGCCCAUAAGGACUGAUCCCGAAUCAGACUGCACCGCCAUGCCACCUGCACACACUGAAAUAUGUUGACCCAGGGAAGCCAGAACAGGACUAUUUUGUAAACUUUAUUUUUUAAGGGUUUAAAUGUUGCAGUUGUCAGAUAUUUUUGUGAGGAAGUGGUGGAAUUGCAUUUUAAAAAAAUAAUACUAAAAAUAAAUACUAUUUACUACACCUGGGUAAUGAAAAGCAGACACUGGAAUCCUUAAAGUUGGAAAACCCGUACAGCUGAUUAUUUUUAAAAGUUAUUUGAGGAAUUCAAAUGUCGGUAGUUUUGUUUGUAAUGUGUAAUCUAAUCCCCUGUAUCUACCAACUAACCACUAAUGGGAAGGUUAUUUUUAUAUAUAUAUAUUUUUUUUAUAUUUGGAGAAUUUUGGUACUCUUAAGAUGGGGGACAAAGACACAUAUUACAAACUCUCAGACCUGGAAGCAAGUGAAUACAUCUCCAAUCUGUCCUGGACACUAUGUGCCUCUAUUGGGUAUCACUUCAGGUGUUUAGCUAAGGGACUGGUUAUACGCUUUGAAAGCCAAGACUUAUGUCUAACCUUGGGUGGGGGGGGGUGGGGUGGGGGGUACGGACAGACAUUUCAUUUGGGUGAAGGUUUCGGUGUUUUUGUUAAGCAAUUAAACUAGCUGAUUAAAGAUUCUGAGUGUUCCACCUUGUUCUUACUUCCAUGUUCUGUGGUAACGUUCAUUAAAAUAAACCACCACUGUCCAUGGAUGUUUAGACAGCAGGCUGGGACACACCUGCUGUUGCACGAGGAGCUAGGUAGGUGUUUUUCCUCAUGUCUAACAACGGGUACACUAUGCGACUACAAAACAAGAUGCGAUUUAAAUUCACAGCUACACCCGCCACACCUAGGCAGAUGUAGGAUCAGACUUUUCCUUUUAUGAAGCAAUAACAAAAAUAAUUCUACUACCUGCAGCAGAUCUGCUUUUCUCCCCUGAACAAAUACGACCUCAAAACAGUAACUUACAUCCAUCAUUAAUUUUGCACCUGCCUUGUGCGUUUCAAUAAGCAAGGUUUCACCAAAGGCUCGUCAACCCUUUUGAACACUUAUACAGUACACGUAAAACUUCCAGUGUUUCUAACAAUACUCAGCACACGAUAAGAUAUUGUAGUACAUAAGCCUUUUAUUAAUCAUUUCCAAGAUUUAUAUAUAAAAAAAAAAAACGAGUGAAACAGGACCCAUAGAACAUGAACAGCUUUAAAAAAAAAAAACUAAAACAAAAAAAACAAACACAAAAGGUGUCCCCACACAACAGGAUUCAAUUCAUAGAAACAGACAGAAUGUGUUUGGCAGGUAUGUUUUUUCUUUUCAUCUCCCACAACCAGCAAUACAUGUAAUGCACCUAAAGGAAGAAGAGUUUGUGCAGGAGCUGUAGCACUGUGACCCGGCUGGUGCCAGUAAUGCCUGGGCACUGAAGCUGGAAGAGACUGCAUGUUAAUACAGUGCAAAUACCAGGGCAACAAGAGAAACCAACUUUGCAGCCACUGCAGAAGGCACCAGAUUGCUGUAAGCACAGUAUUCAACCUGCAAGUGAUAGAAGUGUUUGGCAGUUAUGUGAACAGGAAUCAUAAAACUAGAAGUUGGCAGAGAAUAAAACUAAGCCAGCUACACUGGGAGAGUUUAGCUCUGCUUGUGCUGAUCAGCACUAAAACACAGAUCACCGCUUCCUUCCAGUCUCAGUAGAACUGAGGAAGCAGACAGCAAGUUAACUGCUUCUGUCCUCAGAGUUGUGUAUUAAACAGCAUUCAGGAGCAGCGAAACAAGCAACUAAAGUCUGCCAUUGGGUUAGACAGAAGUUUGAGUCUACUUUCUAAACCACCAGUCGACAGAGCAAGCGUUGUUGUAGCAACCUUGUAUAAGAAAUCACAUCAAGGAUCUCCAGCACAGGGGUCAACAUACAACUGAAUACUAGAUUUGAGUCUUUAAUGACUUUCAUAUUGAAAACUUGUAGGUUUUUGUCAAACACCACCCAGGUGGAAGUAACAAGUUUGGUAGAAAUAGGAGUUUAGAAAAGAGGAGUUUAGAUUUAGUUAACAGAUUGUAAUAAAAGUACACCGUAGGUGGCAAAGUAAAAAGUACAACAUGACUCUUGAUCCCAAGGACACAGGAAGCAUCCAAUAUUGAAGCACAGUGAUUCCCCUUUCACAAGACUAAGACUAUUCUCUUGGUUUAGGGUCCCGUUAGACCUGAGAUUUAAAUAGAUUUUCUGUAUACAAAGUUUACACAGUACAGUCAAGGUCUACUAUCUGUAGACCUAGUCUCAUUCCAGAGCGCUGAGGUAAUGCAAACUGCUGCAACUUGAGCUUUUGCUUUGUAUUAUAAACACUUUUUUUUUUUUUAAUGGAUUUUUGUUCCAACAAAAUACUAAAAACUACCCAACAACAUUUCUAAUUUGUUAAUACAUUUUCUCUAAGGUUUGCUAUAUCAGGCUUGGGAUCUGUCUCCUCAGACAAACCCCGUGCUGGAUCAGGUUCAAUGAGAUUCCAGCUGCAGGAGUACCAAGGGCUUCAUUAUAAGAUCUGGGAUCUCUUUUUCAAUAAU